UUACUAUACACACCUAUCUCUCUCUUUUUCUCAUCAUUACAUAUAUUAUAUAUUUAUAUUCUCACCGGAAAACUCAUCGGAAUCUUCCCCCGGCGUACGCAUAUAAUUUGAAUGAUUGUAUCGAACAUUUUAUAAUUAUUUACUUUGAUUUUGACUCCAUAAAUUGGAGAUGGGUGAACAAGUAUCUGAAUUUCAUGUAGCACAACAAAGCCGGAGAGAAAGGUUGAGGAUUACUAAUUCGGAGGAAUUAGGUAUUAUUCAUCAGCCAUAUCAGUAUGGAAAUAUUUCAUAUGAUCCAUCAGUAGGACUGUCGUCGUCUGAAAUGAUUAAUUUUUCAACGAUGACGACUAGUACUGAUGUUGUUACACAAAAUUGUAACACUUGGAAAAGUCACGGUGGGUUACAACAUUCUAGCUGUGGAUGGAAUAAUGUAACGAAUUUUAAUUCGAGUACUGGAUCUGUUGGUAUUGAGGAUAACAAUUUGAAUCCAAUGUUUGUUGUUGGAGGAGGAGGAGGAAGAAGAGGAACGUUAUCUGGAUCAUUGAAUUUGAACAGUAGUAUUACUGAUGUGAAGCCUAAUUUUUUUGGAGGUUAUACCGAAAUGCAGCAGUCACAGUGUGUGAGUACUAAUUUAUCGACUAGUAAUAUCGAGUUUAGCUCUUCUGUACUUUAUCAUGAUACACUUCAAGAAGUUGUUAAGUCUGCUACAGCAGGGAAUCAAGGUGUUGAUGUUGGUCGUAUUGGGUCGUGGACUGAGAAUGAAAGUGGAAUUCCUUUGCUUCCAAAUUGUAUGGAUCAAUCGCGCGAAUUGUACAAUAAGAAUUGUGAAUUGGGAUCGAAUUCUAGAAUCAAUGUUCCUGAUAACUCGAGUGCUCAGGGCUUGGCUCUUUCACUUUCACCAGUUCCUAGAACGAAUACGAUGCAAAUGGAAAAGAGGAACAAUGCAAUAGUAUCUGAAAAUUUUGCAAUUGCACAUAGAAGUGCAGUGCCACUUGGUCCUUUUACAGGUUAUGCAACGAUACUCAAAAGCUCGAAAUUUCUAAGGCCAGCACAACAAUUGUUGGAUGAGCUUUGUGAUCUUGCAGCAGGUUCAUCAAAUGUGAUUAAAUGUUCAAAUUUAUCGAAGAAAGUUCGUGAUGGUUUUAGGGUUUCUUGUGAUGUUGCUGCUGAGUCUUCAUCAGGAGGUGGUGGUGUCGGAGAUUCGGGUGGUUUGAAUGAGUCCAAUGUGUGCCCUGAGUACUUGCAAAAGAAGGCGAAGCUAAUAUUUAUGCAGGACGAGAUUUGUAAAAGGUACAAGCAAUAUCAUCAGCAAAUGCAAAUGGUCUUCUCGUCUUUUGAAACCGUGGCUGGUCUUAGUGCAGCUACCCCGUACAUUUCCCUAGCUCUCAAAACAGUCUCACAACAUUUUAAAUCGCUGAGGAAUGCUAUAACGGAUCACCUGAAAAACAUAAGGCAAGCGUUAGGUGAGGACCUGCCAUCCCCUGCAUCUGGCAUGAGUAAUAAAGGCGAUGGAAAUUCAUCGAGGUUGAAAUUCGUUGACCAGACGUCGUUACAUAAACAGAAAAGUUGUGGUGGAGCCGGGGUCGCUUUUUUUGAAUCACAACAUGUUUGGAGACCUCAAAGAGGCUUACCAGAACGCGCUGUGGCUAUUCUUAGAGCUUGGCUUUUCGAUCACUUCCUUCACCCGUACCCUACAGAUAGUGAUAAACACAUGUUGGCUUCUCAAACUGGCUUAACUAGAAACCAGGUUUCUAAUUGGUUCAUCAAUGCACGUGUUCGUGUAUGGAAACCGAUGGUUGAAGAAAUUCAUAUGUUGGAGACUAAAGGAGGAGGAUUGGGAGGAGAUCAAACCGGUUCCAGUAUAAGAAAGUCCGAUGUGAAUAAGGUCAUGACAGAACGAACGAACCAUGUAAAUUGUGGCCAACAUUUGAAUAAUGUACUACUCAACAUGAGCGGUGUAGUAAUGCCAGAGAAGCAUGACGACUAUGAAGGAAUAGUUGGACCCUCGGAACGAUUAGAUGAUUGUAGCAGUGAUCAUAUGUGGAGAAAUCAAGAAAAGCGUUCAAGGAUAGAGUGUCACAAUAUCCCUGCUGAUUCAAGCAUGGUCGGAUCGUUGAUGGGGUUUGUACCUUACCAAAGAAAUGCACUUGAAAUCGGAGGUAACAUUGGAGCUGUGUCAUUGACAUUAGGGCUAAGGCAAAACGCUGAGGCUGCACAACAACAACAGCAGUUGCAACUACACGAACAUCGACUUAGGCAGCAGUUUGGAGGUCACAUGAUUCAUGACUUUGUAGAUUGAAAGGUGAAAAGGAGACUACUAAGGUGAUAAUUGUUCUAGCAAAGGUUUAGUUUGUAGAUUAUGUCUUUUUCUCCAGUAGUUGAUGAAAUUUAUUACUGGUUUAUAUAGUACUAGGUUUUAUUUCACCAUAUUUUAUAACAAAGUUUUUCUUGCAAAGGCUUCUGUUGUAUGAAUCUCAAGAGAUGAGUAAGAAUCGCACUUAUUGUAGACAACGUUACUAUAUCAAUGAUGUCCUUGUAUGGAUUUUAAUAAAUUACUUGCGACUUUACCAUAACACCACUUAAGAGGGGAUGAAAUGUACAAAUUA